CUGUCAGUUGCGAAGGAAAGAAAGAAAAGGAACAAGGAAGAAGAGAAGAGAAGGACAGAGACGGAAUCUCGAGUGGUAAAAGAAAAACUGCAGAAUCCUCUUUCAGCUCUCUUUGCCAGGGGAAAGAUUCGUAUGUGUUUUCUUUGGAUUUGAAGGUUUUUGCGAAAUGAUCUGCUUGCUUCAGGCAAGGAUUUGCACAGACUGUGCUUCAUAAGGAUCAUAUUGGUGAUUUUUACCAAUUUAGCAUAUUAUGGCAUCUUCUGCUAUGGGUCCAGUUGGAAAACCCAGUAGUGCUAUUCCAUUAUUUGCUGAUAAACUUCCGGAGGAGAUUAAUGAAAUGAAGAUCAGAGAUGAGAAUGUUGAAAAGGAGAUGGAAGCGACAGUGGUUGAUGGAAAUGGUACAGAAACCGGACAUAUAAUUGUAACUACCAUCGGUGGUCGAAAUGGUCAACCCAAACAGACAAUAAGUUACAUGGCAGAGCGAACAGUUGGACAGGGAUCCUUUGGUAUUGUAUUUCAGGCUAAGUGCCUAGAAACUGGAGAAACUGUUGCUAUCAAGAAGGUCCUUCAGGAUAAGAGAUAUAAGAACCGUGAGCUGCAAACAAUGCGCCUUCUUGAUCAUCCUAAUGUUGUUUCUCUCAAACACUGCUUUUUUUCCACAACGGAAAAGGAUGAGCUGUAUCUUAAUCUGGUGCUCGAGUAUGUACCCGAGACAGUUUACCGAGUAAUAAAGCACUACACCAAGGCAAAUCAGCGGAUGCCUCUCAUAUAUGUCAAGCUCUAUGCCUAUCAGAUUUGUAGAGCUCUAGCCUACAUUCAUGGAGGAAUAGGAGUAUGCCAUAGGGACAUUAAGCCACAGAAUCUACUGGUUAAUCCACAUACUCAUCAGGUCAAGCUGUGCGAUUUUGGAAGUGCAAAAGUUCUGGUGAAAGGCGAGCCAAAUAUAUCAUAUAUUUGUUCUCGUUAUUAUCGAGCACCCGAACUAAUAUUCGGGGCUACUGAAUACACUACNACAAAUAUAUCUUUAAUGAAAGUUUUUCAAUUGUGUAAACAGAUAUUUCACAAGCGCAUGCCACCAGAAGCUGUGGAUCUUGUCUCAAGACUCCUCCAGUAUUCUCCAAAUCUUAGGUGCACUGCUUUAGAGGCUUGUAUCCAUCCCUUCUUUGAUGAACUCCGAGAUCCCAAUACUCAUCUUCCGAACGGGCGCCCCCUGCCUCCGCUCUUCAACUUCAAACACCAAGAGCUGAAAGGCGCAACUUUGGAGCUUCUCUCUAAACUCAUUCCAGAACAUGCUCGGAAGCAGUGCUCUUUCCUUGAUUUUUAGAUCAAAAUGCAAAGUAAAUGAUAUUUUCCUCGUCAGACAGGUAUGAAAAUCCUUGAAAAUGUAACUGUAUGUCUGUGAACAUCAAUUGUAAUGCAUUUUUAUCAGAAAAAAAAAAUUAUGGAGGAUUAACGCUGCUUGUUGAUGUGGGUCGAAUGUUGGCUAUUGAAAUAACUGUUCACUAGGAUUAUGACUUUUCUGUCUUAAAAA